AUGAAGUACAUCGUGGUCAGCGGAGGUGUCAUCUCCGGCAUCGGCAAGGGCGUUAUCGCCUCCUCUACCGGUCUUUUGCUCAAGACGCUCGGUCUUCGUGUCACUGCCAUCAAGGUCGACCCCUACAUGAACAUUGAUGCCGGUACCAUGUCUCCCACCGAGCACGGUGAAGUCUAUGUCCUUGACGAUGGAGGAGAGGCUGAUCUCGAUCUUGGCAACUACGAGCGAUACCUCGACGUCACCUUGAGCCGCGACAACAACAUUACCACCGGCAAGAUCUACCGUGAGGUCAUUGAAAAGGAGCGAAAGGGCGACUACCUCGGCAAGACGGUCCAGAUCGUUCCCCAUCUCACCAACGCUAUUCAGGACUGGAUCGAGCGUGUAGCUCAGCGACCCGUCGAUGGCAGCGGCGAGUCUCCCGAAGUCUGCAUCAUCGAGCUCGGCGGUACCGUCGGUGACAUCGAAUCGGCGCCCUUCGUCGAGGCCAUGCGUCAGUUCCAGUUCCGUGUCGGCCACGACAACUUUGCCCUCAUUCACGUCAGUCUGGUGCCCGUCAUCGGUGGCGAGCAGAAGACCAAACCUACCCAGGCGGCUAUCCGCGAUCUGCGUGGUCUCGGUCUCGUGCCGGACAUGAUCGCCGCCCGCUGCCCCGUUCCUCUCGAGCGCGCUGUCAUCAACAAGCUCUCCAUGUUCUGCCACGUCGGUCCUGAGCAGGUCAUGGCCGUUCACGACGUCUCCUCCACCUACCACGUUCCGCUCUUGCUCGAGGAGCAAGGCAUGGUCCGCUUCUUCCAGAAGCGUCUUGGUCUCGACGUCAACGGAAGCAUCGCACGUCCCAUGAAGGAUCAGGGCAACGAGCUCCGCAGACGAUGGCGCGACCUCACUGUCGGUCACGACCGCAUGAUCGACAAAGUCGAGAUCGUCCUUGUUGGCAAGUACACCUCGCUGCACGAUUCGUACAUGUCGGUCGUCAAGUCGCUCGAGCACGCUGCCCUCCGGUGCCACCGCAAGCUCGAGCUCAAGUGGGUCGAAUCGAGCGACCUCGAGCCUGUUGCUGAAAGCGAAAAUCCGGUCAAAUACCACCAGGCCUGGCAGGCACUCUGUUCCGCCAAGGGCAUCCUCGUGCCCGGUGGCUUCGGCACGCGUGGUACCGAGGGCAUGAUUAGCGCAGCACGCUGGGCACGAGAGAAGCGUGUCCCUUACCUUGGAAUCUGCCUCGGUUUCCAGAUCGCCGUCAUCGAAUACGUCCGAAACGUCCUCGGCAUCGAGACCGCUGGCUCUGCCGAACUCGACGCUGACUGCAAGGACCCCGUCAUCAUCUACAUGCCCGAAAUCAGCAAGACACAUCUCGGUGGAACCAUGCGUCUCGGCUUGCGACCUUCCAUCUUUCAGAAGGGCGCCGACAAGUGGAGCAAGAUCCAGCAGCUCUACGGCGGCCAGCCUGUCGUGUGGGAGCGCCACCGUCACCGAUACGAGGUCAACCCGGAAUAUGUUGAGCGCAUCGAGAGCGCCGCCGCCAACCCGUCGGCGAAAGCGACACCGCAAAAGAUCCCCAGCGACAUCCCUGCCGCACCCUUCACUUCGCCAAGGCUUGGUUCGUCCGCUACCAAGGAGGAAGUGUUCACGGGCGUCGACGAGCUCAAGUUCGUUGGAAGGGACGAGAAGGGUGAGCGUAUGCAGAUCGCCGAGUUACGCCACCACCCGUACUUUGUGGGUAUGCAGGCGCACCCGGAAUUCUGCUCGCGACCGCUCAACCCUUCGCCGCCUUUCCUCGGCUUCAUCGCCGCCUCGGCCGGGCUGCUGGAUGAACAGCUUGCCAUGCAGAAGAACUACGUCCCGCCCCACCCCAAGAGCCACAUGAUCUCCGAGUCCGAGAUGAUCAAGCGCAGGGAGGCGGGCGAGGUCGAUGACAAGCCGGCCACGACGCCUCCUGGUGCGGCUACGCCGACGCGAAGCUUGAGUGUGAACAAGGGCCCUAAAGCCGACCUCGCUGUUGCGGCUCGCAUCGCUGCGGCUGAGAAGGCGAAUGGCUCUGCGGCGGAUCCCUGA